UAUACGCAUUCAAUACUAAUUUUCGUACCUUGGAGGUACAAGUAAAAAAAAAAAAAAUAAAAUAAAAAUGAAAGUAUGAACUUGCUGCUGGAGGGCGACUCCAACUUCUGGUCACCUCCCAGUCGACGUUACGUACGCCGCCGCCGCCGCCGCCGCCGUGGCGUGCCUGCAAAUCUAUUAACAUGGAAUCCUGUACUUGAUGCCAGCAAGGGAACCAUGCAAAACAUCCCAAAACAGUCUAGUGUGACAGCAAAAGAGAAGAUCGGUGCAUGUGAGCAGUCGGGAGGUUGUAGCCAGUAUCGUCUCCGCGGCAUCAAGCUUCUUGCUCGGGCUUCAACUAUGACAAGCGUCGCUUAGGCUGCGACUCUUUCCCCUGGACCCGCAAACCAGGCCGAUAUCAAAGACAAGGAGGAGUUCACAAUGUAGCCAGGCUGGUCACCAGUGGGACUCCAUACUGUUCUCUGGGUGGGGGAGAGCAAUGGAGUCUGAAGAGCGACCCCUGACCCCAGGGACCAGCUAUGUGGCCCCACCUUUGAACUCUGCACAAAACCCCGUCACCCCAGCCUUCCUUAACAGCACCUUACAGCAGUCCUCAUGUUCUUCCGAUGUGAGCGACGUCCUGACUCCUGCUGAAGGCUCACAAGGUCACGAUGGAGUCGAGGGUACCGAGCAGACCGCCGGAUCUGAGCCCGGUGAAGACCCAGCGAGGAGUGCACAGAGGAGAUUCAUGUCCUCAGCCUUUCCUUCCUCCUUGAGCUGGGACUCUGACUCAGAGAAAGAAACACUUGAUGAGGAGGAGCUGCAGCAUUUUUCUAACCCUCAUGGUCUGGCUGCUCACAGCCCAGGAUCUCCUUCCUCCGGACCCAGAAUUGAUUGUGAGGAUGACAAAGAACCUGGAAAAUUGCAGCACUUGGAGCAUGAGGCUGUGCCGUCUGUCUCUGGGGAGGUGUGCAAUGAAAUUAAAGAAAGCACAACAAGAGAAGAACCAAAUACAUCUCAGCUUGGCCCAAAAGAGUUAGGAGGUAGCCAUGACUGUAACAUAUCUGUGGGAGCUGAGAUCAUCCUUGGCAAAUUAAAACCAAAUGACACUUCCCUGAUGGAGGAGGACACAGACAAAAGGGAUGGAAAGAAAAGACUAGAGGGAGAAGAUACCAAGGAGCAUGAGAGGGAUGUGUACACCUUCACGGGAGACUCUGACCCUGAGAGUUCCCCACCUGCUCAGUGGACUCACUGUACACUCUUCCAGAGGUGCAGGAAGAAGAGAGUCUUACUCAAGCCAUUCCCUGAAACCUUACCACACACGUUUCCUGAGGCUGCUACGCAAGCAAGUACGAGUCCGCAAAGAUCAGCAACAACCGAAUUGGCACCACCAACUCAAAGUGGAGGAUCAUACCAUUUUGAUGACUUUAGGAUGUCAUUGUUAGACGAUUCAGUCGUGAUCAGAGAUGCAGAAGACAAACUAGAAGAGCACGAAGACUGUAGCGUUGAGCAUGGUACAGAUGUUUUCACUUGUGUGGAAUGUAGCAUAUACUUCAAAAAACAGGUCCAUCUCAAGGAGCACAUGGUUGAACACUGUCGAACAGCUCAAGAAGGUUCAGAAUGUUUUCAGUGUCCUGAGUGCGGAUGGGACCUGCCUGAUUCUGUUGUACUAGCCGACCACCAAAAUCGGCACCAGGAAUCCCGUGUGAAGAUUCUGUCAGAAAUUGAGAAGCUGAAAGAAAAUGAGAAUGUAAAAGAGAGACCAGAAACUAAAUUGGAAAAGCAGGAAACCCUGCAAAAAAGGUGCACUCCAGGCAAAGUGUUAGACACUUGUCCACCUUUAUACCAGGCCCCAAUGUCAACAUCAGAUGAGGACCAAGUGGCUCUCAAAUCAAACACACCUCAAAGUUCUUUUGGAACCACAUUCCAGCCCCGAGCUGUUUUGUACCGUCGCCGCUUUGUGUGCACCCAAUGUAACUUCAGCACAAGAACCUCCCAGGCACUUGCUAAUCAUACCAAGACACACAUGAGAAAAAAAAAUACUUUAGUAUAUAAAUCCAACUCCUCCGCUCCUGAUCCCCUGUCAUCUUCAUCUCCUCUCUGCUCAAGUCAAGUCAUAACAAAGAGACAGAGGAAACAGGCCCACUCGGGACCAGACUCUAUCUUCAGCCAUUCAUCUUAUGAUUGUGUUUCAAGCGGCACCCUGGAUUCCAACUGUGUCUCCGACUCUAUAUCUAUGCCCACCUCAUGCCAAACCAAAGGCCUCCAAGGAAUUGACAUCUCAGAGAAUGCUGUGGCAACCCAGGUAGUCCUCGGAUAUAAUAGGAACAGGAGGUUCAGUAGGAGAGCAAGAUUUGGGUUCAGACCAAAUGAAACGGAACUUCCAGGGUGUGAGGCGGAGCAGGACAAAAACCCAGAGAAUGACCCCGAGAAGGUGGCAGUGAAAGAGCGCACCGCAGCUGGAUCUGACCCAGAUGAGUGUUCAGAGAACCUGAGUGUUGCAUUAUCUCCAGAAAUGAGGACUAGUUUAAAGGAGAAAACUGAGAAAGAAAAGGAGCUUGAUAAUCGAGUUUUUGUUUUAAGGAGAAGCAACCGGAUUACUUCUGCUAUUGCAGAAAUCGAGAGUGAUGAUGAUGAUGAUGACAUUGAUGAUGAGCGCGUGCGGCAUUUCUUGUCCGGGAACAACUUGGAGGAUGUCGAAGAUGAGAUUGAUGAGGUCUCAGAGGCUCUGAAGAGCGUGGAGAGGAAAUGCCCCUACUGCCCCGAUCGAUUCCAUAACGGCAUCGGCCUCGCCAAUCACGUCAGGGGCCACCUGAACCGCGUGGGCGUCAGCUACAACGUGCGCCACUUCAUAUCCCCAGAGGAGGUCAAUGCUAUUGAGAAGCGGUUUUCCUAUCAGAAGAAGAAGAAAAAAGUGGCCAAUUUCGAUCCAUCCACGUUCAGUGUAAUGCACUGCGAGUUCUGUAGCGCUGGCUUUGACACUCGCGCGGGACUGUCUAGCCAUGCCCGGGCUCACCUCCGAGACUUUGGGAUCACUAACUGGGAUGUUACCAUCUCCCCGAUCCACAUCCUAAGAAAAUUGUUCUCCAGCAGACCGGACCUUGUAAUCCCCACAGCACCCCCACGAAGCCCCAUCUCUGUGCAGGAAGAGGAGGAAGAAGAAGAAGAAGAUGAAGAAGAGGAAGAUGGGAUUAUUGAGGUCAAGUUGGAAGGGGAGACAAGCGAGAGGAGGAUAGAUGCUGCUACUCCUGUUUCUCUAUCUUCUGCAUCUCCUGGACCUUUGAAUGAGGAGGAGGAUGUACAAGAAGGUGACGGAGAGGCUGAAGAAGAGGUUGAGCCUGAACACUUGGCUGGUGCUGGUCUCAGCUCGAGCCCAAAGAAAACACGGCUGCUGAGCAUAGAUGAGGAAGGCUUAUCUUCAGGGGAGGAUGAAGAGCCCAAAGUUCAUGGUUUGAAGUGUGAAUUGUCUGGCGCUCAAUUUGAGACCAGGCGCGAGUUGUCCAGCCAUGGCCGGUCACACAUGAGGCCGCGGGAAUUCAAUGUUUUCGAGUGUGAUGCUGCAUCCGUUGACCACCUCUGCCAAAGUGCCAAGGAGCGUACCCUAGACGUCCAAUUAAGGUCACCUCACAUGGAGCCUCACUUAGCCAAGAGUUCCUCUCUGUUUGACUCGGAGAACCACAAGGACAAAGAACACGACGAAGAAGGAGAGGACUUGGAUGAGAAGCCCAUACCCCUUUCUAUAUUGACCAAAGCAGUUAAAGGACUGCCAUCACCUUCCUGUUCUACACCUACUCCUUCCCCUGGUCACUCUCCGAUUGUAGCUCAUGCAUGCUCUCCAUCUUCAGUAGUGAGGAAAGCCCCUAUUUCCUCUUUACUCCCAGCGUCUUCCCCCUUGCGCUCCGCAGAGCACAAGACCGGGGGGAUGAAAAGCUCGACUUCUAACCACUUAACUUCCACCACCAUCUCAGCAUCCAAACCAAUCUGGGCCCCACAUGAAAAUGAUGCUCCUCUCAACCUCACCCUUGAGGUGGAGCCCAGCAAGGACAUAGUUUGUCAGCUGUGCGGUGCCUGGUUUGAGACUCGCAAAGGCUUGUCCAGCCAUGCGCGGGCCCACCUGCGGCACUUUGGGGUGGAGUACUCUGAAUCUAAAGGCUCUCCUAUCACCCUCCUGAAUCAGCUCAUGGAAUCUGAGGACUUCAAGCACAAAAACAGUGAAUUCCAGCUUGACACUGAAUCCCGAGGUAUUCCUAACAUGCUGUCCUCCCCAAAGAAGGCAACGCUCCCUUCUUCCUCUCCAUCCCUACUGUAUAAGGUGACAACAGCGGGAGGCGGGUCAAACUCCAAAGCUACCUCUCCCUCAUCUUUUGGCCCGCCGGCCAAGCGUCUCAAAUCAUCUUCCAUGCAAGUCUUCCGCCUGAGCAGUGGCGAGCUCAUGGCCCUUGCACACAGUGAACCUACAAAGGAAAUAGGCUGUGAAUUCUGUGGGGAAUUUUUUGAGAACCGCAAGGGACUGUCCAGCCAUGCUCGCUCCCAUCUGCGUCAAAUGGGUAUUACUGAGUGGUCGGUCAACGGGUCCCCAAUCGACACCCUAAGAGAAAUUAUCUCAAGACGGGGGUUGCCUUGCGCCCGUCCUCUAAAACCUCGCAAAACUCCCCCUCCAAUCUCUUCUGGGCACCCUCAAUCCCCUCUCUCGACCUGCUCUUCGCCAUCUGCCCUCCCAAGCCGCCUACCCUUCCCCUGUUCCUCUAGUCCUCCUCAGCCCCCAAGUUCUAAGUCAAACUCAACUCCAAUGUCCUCCAGUGGGCUGAUCCUUAAGCUAAAACCUGAACCAAUGCAGCUGGAGGUCACGGCUCCUGAAGCCAUGGGCAGUUCUGGAGGUUUCUCAGAUGAUCCUCUCAGCUCCAGCUGGCACGUCUCUGACAGUGCGUUACCCCUCAACUUGGCCAUGUCUCGUGAGGCGGCGCCUACAAGAGAUAUUCGCUGUGAGUUCUGUGGGGAGUAUUUUGAGAACCGCAAGGGACUUUCCAGCCAUGCUCGAUCCCACCUGCGCCAAAUGGGCGUUACUGAGUGGACGGUUAAUGGGUCGCCCAUUGACACGCUGAGGGAGAUUAUGCACAAGAGAGGUGUAAGUGUGUCCUCUCAUUCUGAGAGAGUGAAGAAGGAGGAUGCCAAAAGUCCAUCAUGGGGUAACACAACCAAAAGUUCAGACGGUUUGUGUAUGUCUGGCUUCCAGUCAUCGAAACUGUAUAAAUCCCCUCUUAGUAUGCUGUCAUCAGGGUCCAGGCUUUCUAAGCAAGGCCCAAGUUCCGUGGGCCCGUUAUCCAUCCCAAGCUCACCGAAGAUUGUCAGAAUCUCCCCACUAGGAAAACAGUCAGAAGAAGCAGAGCCCAUGGAUACUUCCAACACAGUACAGCAUCAACGUACGACUUUUUCACCACUGUCACACAACUUCCCAUUGAGAAAAAAACCUUCCCCUGACAAGCACGUCCGUAAGGAUCCCAGCUGUGAGCUGUGUGGGUUCUACUUUGAGAACCGCAAGGCACUAGCGAGCCAUGCAAGAGCCCACCUCAGGCAGUUUGGGGUGACCGAGUGGUGUGUAAACGGAUCCCCCAUUGAGACACUGAGUGCAUGGAUUCACAGCAGGCCACAGAAGGUUUUGGAAAUGCACCGUAGCUACAUGCAGAGUAGCCGCCCCACCUCCAAAAGGAAGAGCAGCUCACCUCUCCCUGCAUCGACGGAUUCCGAUCACAGCUUCCCUUUCUCCUCACAAAAGGCCUCCUCUUCAUCAUCUUCGUCCUCAUCCCAAUGGUCUUCAGCUUUAGCGGUGAACCUGGUGCGCCCGCUGAGCCGGGAUCUAAGUCAGCGCUCUUUCAAGGCUUCAGAGGAUGAAGCGGGUCCUACCCCUCGGGGCCCUAACAUCAGGCCUUACAGCAGCAGUCCCAGCCCCUCGCAGCUUUUCAGUAGCCUCCCACUUCAAGCACAGGUGGCACGCAGUGAACUCAAUGUUCGUCUGCCAAGAGGUUUUGAGCGUCGACCCCUUAAGCACCCAUCCUGCGUCGAGGGAACUGAGAGGGACAGCGGCCCCCCAAAGCCCUUGCGCACAAGCACAGUCCCUGCUUUAGUGCCAAAGCCACCCGCCUACCCCCUGGUUAAGCUGGUGGGCAAGUUCUACAACCUGAAGUGCCGAUUCUGCGAGGUGGAGUUCCACGGUCCGCUCUCGGUGCAAGAGGACUGGAUCAGGCACCUCCAGCAACACAUCCUCAAGAUGAACUACAGCAAGCCUGUCGAAUCCAAAGCAGCCUGUGCUGAAGUUACGGCCGACGAUCCGGCCCCAGUCCACCGGGCCCCUGCCGCAGGCACCUCCUCAACGAUCUCCCUCAACCCCACCGUGACUUGCGCCAUCGCUGCCAACAACCGCUCGUCUGAGCCUCCAGCAGAACUUGUUCCUAGUGUCACCGAGAUAGUCAAGCUGUCAGAGGAAUUGCUUGCCCCAGCUCCCAUUCCCCUUCCUGCCCAGGUCAUGUAAACUCAUCUCUCAUUACCUUGCUCCCGGUCCCCCCUUCUUUUAUUAUUUUCCUGAUUUUCCAGUUUCUUUUAGUCCAUCUGUCUGUUUCCUUUGGAGAGAACACUCUCCUUCAAUAUUUGGUGUAGGCCAAAGAGCCCUCUGAGCCCUAAGCACCUUUUGAAGCAGCUUUUUAGACUGUUACAAAGUCUUGUUACCAUGGGAACGAAACUCUCCUGGCUUAAGGGCGAUUUGCAGCCAAGGUUGUCUGGAGAGAUGAACUACUGUUAUGCCUUGUUUAUAUCGAAUGUCCAGGUGUUGACGUGGACCAUUACUGUACCCCAGCACCCAUUUAUCGGGUGGCUUAAGAGUGUAACGUACCUCUUAUCGCACUCCGGCUCUCUUAUUCUUAUACACACUUUGUGCCACCAGGAUGGUCAGAACCAUUUCUACCAGCACGCUCUCAGCGGAGAGCAUGCUGGCAGCACUGGGGUCUCACUCUAAAGUCCUGACUGAAACUAGAGAGAGAUUUCUUAAUCCAGCGAGUCUUGCAAUGGAGACGUUAAACACACCUUAACACUUAGUGUUAAAACAUACACGGCACUUUUGACAUGGACACUGAGCACUUAUGAAAAUAAUUUGAUUGGGUGAAAUUGUGAAUAAUGUAUCUUUGUUUAGAGGAGUAAGAAGUGGAAGCACACCCAAAAAGGGAAAUCAACUCAAUAUAAAACUGACCCCAAACUAUAGAUUUUGCUUGAAUGUAGCAUAAAGCACUUGUUCAUACCUUUUUGUUUUAUAUACACAAAUUUAUUACUCAAAAAUAUGUCCCAUGUUAUACCACUGAUAUUCCACUGCUGCUGUGCAGAUUAUCAUUAUGCCCCUGUAGAUUUGGGGACUUUAUUAAAAAAAAAAAUCCUUUCAAUGUUUCACAUUUUUAAAGUUAACCCUUCAUUCAGAGUGUUACUGUCUUCUUCUUGCCUUUUUUAAUAUAACCCAAAUCAUUAUUUAUUUAUUAUGCGCCUGAAUGUGGCAAGCUAGCUCAUUGUAAAAGAUUAGGUAGAAUUUUAGAUUGUUUGGUAAACCGUACUCUUACACGAGUGCAGUGUGUGCGUGCGUGUGUGUAUACAUACACUGACCAGCCACAACGUUAGGUACAGUACACUUGCACAAUCUACUGAGAGCCAACACAAAACCCUAAUAGUGAUAAUACUCUAUUUUGAAUGACACUAACAUUUGUAGAUUGAAAUGUUGUCACACUACAUUUGCUGAUGAGCUGCAUAUAAUAUUUUGAAUCUCGUUUACUUUAGCUAAUCAAGAUAGACCGAAUAUUCGAGGCAACUCUCAGUAUGAUGCAGUACGACUUCAUAGGUAUAACCUCACCUAUGAGAGACCAAAUUAGGGAAAAAAACAUUUUCAGACUUUUGUUGUUAUUGUUUUUUUAGCAAAUUGUGAUAGAAAAGUAUUUGGUCACCUGCAACCCAGCAGGAUUUCUGCCUCUCAUAGUCCUGUAACUUCUUCAAGAGGCUUCUCUGUCCUCCACUCGUUACCUGUAUUAAUGACACGUGUUUGAACUCAUUCUCAGUAUAAAAGACACCUUCCCACAACUCCAAACUCCACUAUGGCACUUGACCAAAGAGCUGUCAAAGGAGACCGAUACCAAAAUUGUAGACAUGUCCCAGGCUGGGAAGACUGAAUCUGCACCUUAGUAUGAAAAAAAAAACAACUGUAGGAGAAAUUAUUAGAAAAGGAAAGCCAUACAAGACUGCUAAUAAAUUCCUUCGAGAUCUCACUGCGCAGGGUUAGAAUGAUCACAAUAACUGUGAGCAAAAAUCCCAGAACCAUGUGGGGGGGUGGACCAAAAUAACAGGCUACCAUCAGUAACACAUUACACGUAAGGGACUCAAAUCUUGCACAAGCAGACGUCUCCCCCUGCUUAAGCCAGUGCAUGUCUAGGCUGGUCUGAAGUUUGCGCGAGAGCAGUUGGAUCAUCCGAAAGAGGAUUUGGGAGAAUGUCACAUGGUCUAAAUAGAAUUUUUGGGGGAUAAAAACUGAACUUGUCAUGUUUGGAGCAGAAAAAAUGUGGAGUUGCAUCCAAAGAACAGCACACCUACUGUCAAGCAUGGGUGUGGAGAUAUGCUUUGAUGCUGUUUUUCUGCAAUGGGAGCAGGAUGGCUGAUCUGUGUAAAGGAAAGAAUAAUCGUGGCCAUGUCUCAUGAGAGUUUGAGUGAAAACCUCUUUCCAUCAGCAAUGACAUUGAAGAUGAAACAUGGCUGGGUCUUUCAGCAUGACAAUAGUCCCAAACACACAACCUCGACAGUAAAGAAGCAUUUCAACUUCCUGGACUGAUCUAGCCAGUCUCCAGAGAUGAAGCCCAUACAAAAUCUUUAGAGGGAGUUGAAAGUCUGUUGGCCAGCAACAGUCCCAAAACAUUACUGCUCUGGAGGAGAAAUGGGCCAAAAUAUCAGCAACUAAGGGUAUACUGGGAAGUAUUGAGAUUAACUUAUUAACUUAUGUAAUUGACCAAAUACUGAUUACUAUAAUUUGAUAGAGUCCUUAAAAAGGGUGGCACGGUGUCUCAACUGGUAAAGCGUUAGCCUCACAGUUCUGAGGACCUGGGUACGAUCCCGGCCCUGCCUGUGUGGACUUUGCAUGUUCUCCCCGUGCCUGUAUGGGUUUUCUCCGGGUACUCCGGUUUCCUCCCACAUCCCAAAAACACACAACAUUAAUUGGACACACUAAAUUUCCCCUAGGUGUGAUUAUGAGUGCAGCUGUUUGUCUCGAUGUGCCCUGCGAUUGACUGGCAACCAGUUCAGGGUGUACCCUGCCUCCAGCUGGGAUAGGCUCCAGCACUCCUCGCGACCCUCGUGAGGAUAAGUGGCAAAGAAAAUGGAUGGAUGGAUGGAUGGAUGGGUGGAUGGAUGGAUGGAUUCUUUAAAAAUCCCGUAAUUUUCUGGUGAUUUGUUUUUCCUUAUUUUGUCUCUCAGAGGUGAAUUGCUCUGAUGAAAAUUGUUUUCAUCAUUUUAACUGGGAGAACAUACAUAAUAGGUGGCUGACUUAAUGCUGCUAUGCCUGUGUACGUGUUUAUGCGUGUGUGUAUACAACACACACACACACACACAUUUGCUAAAGCUCUUUUAUUGGCUCUCCUUGGAUUGUACAGCUGUUUACAAUGCUGUGGCCAGUUUGUGUACAUUUUUUUUAAAAAUGUGCUUUUGUUUUUAAUGAGAAAAAGACAAGUAAAACUGCUCGAUAGGACAUCUUUGUUACUUACGUGGCCUCCUGAUUGUAUGUCGUGUGAUCAGGACGUACAGUAUAUGCAUUGGCGUUUGGGUGUGCCAAAGAGUCUGUUUACUUCCUUUUCUUGCCUCUGUAAAAGCUGUUUACAUUGGACCUGAAGACGGAAGAAGUAUUAGUUUGACGGGUCUCCUCACCGAUUAAUGGACUGAACAGCGGUGACCCAAAUCGUACUUACACGCAGCCUCCCGCUUCUUCGUUUGAAGGACGCAGCCUCCUCGCUAUUCACCCUGGGCUUCAUGUUAACAGGAGAUGAUUCCAGUUCAAACAUGAACAUAAACCAAACUUCAUUCCAAGCCGGGCCUCUGGAGAACUCUUAGCUCACAGUCCAAACAGAAAAUCGUCCAACUUCGGGCUGUGGUCCUUCAAGGUUGCUUCAGUGUGCUUAUAUCAACGCAAAAACUGAAGCAUAAACACAAGUCAGCCGACACUUUUUAAAGUUUGUUCCAGUGUUGCCCAUGCUAAACAUGACUGUUGGCUUCAAACCUUCCCCUUACCUGUGUACGGAAUAUAGAUACACACUAUAUAACUCCAUGUACUUAAGAAGCUGUUAGCAGUUUUACACUGAACAAAAAUACAAAGGCAACACUUUUCUUUUUCUCCCAUUUUUCACAAAUUGAACUUUUAAAACCGUUUGAGUUCAACUUGUGAAAAAGCUGAGAAAAAAAGUGUUGGGUUUUUUGUUCCUUAUUUUAGCCAAGUAGUUGAAAAAAGAAGUGAUGUAACUUCCUUUAUUGUGAUUUAAUUUCAGGCUCUAAUUCUAUGUAUAUUCUUUCCCUGUGCAUUUUCUGUACUUGCAGUCCUGCAAAGUGAAUCUUAGAACAUUUCUAAAUUUUUAAUCCGUUAGUUGCAGCAACUUUUGGUGCUGGUCAGAAUGUCUCUGUGUGACUGAAGGGGAGGAAAACUUUUAUUUUUUAUUGUACCGUGGAUCAAAGCAACCACAGAAGCUUUUAAAUGGGACUACUUUGCACUCUUGCGUCACUGUAUGAGCCUUAGUGUUCCCCUUUAAAAAAAAAAAAUACAAAAAGAUGUGUACAAAGAGACGACAGUGACAGCAGAAGCUGAAAAGAUGUUUGACAGAAAACAACUUUAGUGUACAGUUUUAGGUGACAC